ACCAAAGGAGUGAGGAGCAGAGGCACAACAGGGGACAAGCAGAGAGGGGAAACGCUCAGACAUUAACCAGGCUGGCUGAGCAGAAAAAGAGAGAAUCAGAAAGAAAAAGAGAAAUGAUGAUGCAAGAAAGAAGACAGGAGGAUGUCAAGCAACUUAUGAACAGGCGAGAUCAGAGUAACGAGGACAGAAUAAGGAAUACACAUGAAGAAGAAAGGGCCAGGUGGAAAAUAAGAGAUAAAGAAGACGCACAGAGUUCCCAGGCACAUAGAAAAGGUCAUAAAGGUACUCAUCAGAUCACAGCUCAUGUGCAAAAAGUGAGUGGAGAGCUUAACAUUUCUAGGUGGAAAAAUGUGAACGAGCAUACAAGAAGAAGAAGAAAAGGAGGGGAGGAAAAAGAUAAUGGCGUUUGGGGAGAGACAGGUGUAAAGUCACAGUAUGGAACAGAGAAAGCAAAAGAAAGAGAACAAAAUACAACCUCCAUGCCCGAUAAAGGUUCGACAAGAGAAAGAAAAUAUAGGGAAAGGACAUGUAAGGAGGUGUACGGUUCAGACGAUGAGCGAGACAUGCCUCAAAUUAAUCAACAGAAAACGUCUUAUAAAGUUGCAACAGAAAACCACAGAGGUGCAGGACUUAAGCACUCUGUGGGACUACUGCUUCCACCAGUUUCUCAUCCGUCUCAUUUCAGCAGACCGGAGCAGGAGGAGCUCAGACAGGAAGUUAGCACAGGCACAGGCCUCCAGCUCCUUCCUUGCAGAAUCUGCGACAGAAAGUUUGCAAGCGAAAGAUUACAGAAGCAUAUGCAAAUCUGUAAAAAAGUGAAACAAUCACAUCGUCAAGUCUUCAACUCCUACGUUAAUAGGACCAAGGGAUCGGCCAUAGAGCAGUUCUGGAAAACCCACAGCAAGAGUCCAGAGGAUUUAAAGAACCAAAGACAGAACCACAUGGCAAACACAAGGAAUCUGCAUGAGGGUCGACUCCCAGCUGGAACCUCACAACCCAAACGGCCCAAGUGAGCCGACCAGACCAAACCCAGACACUUUGGCCCUGGACCACUGGAACAAGAAAUCCUCAGCUGUCAACACACCCAUCACCAUCUCAUUAGUCAGUAUAGUCUCGGAAUUUUUUGAUUUAAUCCCUUGUAUGAAUUUUGUUACAUUGUUUGACUAUAUUCUAUAUUAACUAAACAGAACCAUCUAAAAUAGUUUUAGAUCUUUACAAGAAUAGCUCGUUACAUAAUACAUUUCACUGAAAUUGUAUUUUAUGAUUUUCACGUGACAAAUAAAUGGAUUAAUAUCAACAAA